CUGCAUCAGUCAGCCUCUACUCUCUAAGACAGGCAGAUCUCUGAGCAAACUUCAACAAUGUCAUCCUACGCCUUCUCCAAACAGUCUUUCAGCGGCAGCGGAGGUAGUACCAGGGCCGGCGGGCGCCAGUACUCCCACAGUGUCCAUGGUGGGGGCAGUAGUCUGAGGAUGUCCUCAGGCUCUCGCACCUUCACCUCUGGAGGUAGUGCUGGAUUUGGCAUGGGCAGUGCUGCUGCAUUUGGCAUGGGUGGGGGUGGUUUUGGAGACGAACUUUCAAUCGGUGCCAAUGAGAAACAGACCAUGCAGAACCUGAACGACCGCCUGGCCAGCUACCUGGAGAAAGUACGCAAGCUAGAGGCUGCCAAUGCUGAUCUGGAGCUCAAGAUCCGCCAGUUCUUAGAGGGUAAAGCCUCUCCUACAGCACGAGACUACUCUGCAUUCUACGCUACCAUCGCUGACUUGCAGGGAAAGAUCCAGGAUGCCACUCGUAUUAACGGAGGCAUCUAUUUGUCCAUUGAUAACGCAAAGUUGGCUGCAGAUGACUUCAGAACUAAAUAUGAGAACGAGCUCGCCAUGCGCCAGUCAGUGGAGGCAGACAUCGCAGGCCUGAAGAGGAUGCUCGAUGAACUGACCUUGGCUAGAUCGGACCUUGAAAUGCAGAUUGAGGGUCUCAAGGAGGAGCUGAUCUUCCUCAAGAAGAACCAUGAAGAGGAAAUGGCAGCCAUGAGGAGUCAAGUGGGUGGACAAGUUAAUGUGGAGGUGGACGCUAAGCCUCAGAUGGACCUUGGAACCGCCAUGGCUCAAAUUCGUGAACAGUAUGAGGCCGUAGCUGCCAAGAACCAGAGAGAACUUGAACAAUGGUUCAAUGCCAAAACAGAAGAACUAAACAAAGAAGUAGCAACAAGUCAGGAAACCUUAGUAACAUCCAAAUCAGAAAUCUCAGAACUUCGUCGCACACUUCAAGGCCUGGAGAUUGAGCUUCAGUCACAACUGAGCAUGAAAGCAGCUCUUGAGGGAACCUUAGGAGAAACAGAGGGGAGGUAUUCCAUGAAGCUCCAAAGUAUGCAGAUGCAGGUGACAAAUCUGGAAGCUCAGAUCACCGGGCUGCGCGCAGACAUAGAGCGACAGACCCAGGAGUACAACAUGUUACUUGACAUCAAGACCAGGCUUGAGAUAGAAAUCUCAGAGUACAGAAGGCUGCUGGAUGGAGAGGCAAGCAUCAGCAGCAGCAGCUCCACUACUACAAAGACCACCAGGGUUGUUGUGGUCACGGAGGAAUCUAGGGAUGGCAAAGUGACUACUACAUAAACCUGAACUCAGUUCUAACUGCACAUGCAAAAGAAAAAUAAAGUUUUAGUGCUGACACAUUA